GGCUCUAAAGUUCCUCAGUCGUCGCUCGGCGCUAAUUCCCGCCAAAAAUCCGAAAUGGCGAACAAGAGGACGAGAAAUUCUCUCAAUGCAAACGAUCCGGUUACUCCGACGCCAGUAACCACCCCAAGGACACCCACCGCCGCCGCCUCCUCCUCCGCCACUUCUCUCUCUGAUUUGUCCAUCAAGUCUGUCUGGUUAUAUGAUUGGUGGCUGUCUCCGGCACCGGCAAAGGGUUUAGCUGUCGAAGGAUUUGAAUCCAUAGGGAGAAAACGGGUUAGGGUAAUCCGCUCUGCUGUGAUUGCCAAGCGACAUAAUGCCACCACUCUAGAGACAAUAGAUGGAACAAAAAUUACUGUCAGUGGUUUGAUAAAUAGGUCUCGUUCACAUCAAAAUGGCUUUCCUCUUGAGGUUUGCAGGCAUUUCCUUUUAGGAUUUCCAUACUAUUGGGAAGAAUAUGCAGCUCGGAAUUAUAAUGAAGAAUCUGCUGCUAGAGGUACCCAAAAACAAAGUUCUGGUGUGUUCAACAGGAGUUCUCCCCUGCCAGCUUCUUUACGUGAUCAACCCGCAAGUAGGAUACAUGAUCUUUUAAUGUUCGCACCUUCUGAAGGUUCUAAUCUGAUAAAGACUAUUUUGGAUGAUUUGCUGGAAAAUAGCAAUAAUUGUGUCUCCGUGCACUCUUCUCCUAUCUCAGAGUAUUUGAACAGGGAAAACAAAGGUCAAACCAGUACUGUAAGUUUUGUUGAUGGUGAAAAUUCGACUACUCAUAAGAAGAUGAAGGUUAGUAAGACUUUCAGAGGUAAUGAUGGUGUCUUGGAUCAAAGGAGUGCUAGAACAGAUGAAGUUCAGAUUAAUGGUCGGUCAAAAAUUGCUGCAAAUGUCCUUUCCCCCAGCAGAGGUGUUACCACCCGUAGCAUGAGUAGGUUGAAGAAUCUUUGGAAUAAGCAAGAAAACAACCUAUCAGCUAAAUCUUCUAUGAAGCAUAAGAAUUCAGACAAUCUUGAAAACAAGCUGGGAGAGGAUCUCCCGCCAAUAUCUUCUGUUGAGCUCAAAAACAGGUCUUGCCUUCUAACUUCAGGCACUGCUACUAACAAUCAUUCUGGAGAGGAUCUUAGAGAACUUUCAUCAAGAUCCUCUGUAAGGCAUGUAAAUGGUGCUCAAACAUCAGAUAUCAUUGAGAACAAGUCUGAGGAGAAUCACAAAAGUAAGCUGGCUGAGAAUCCAGCAAAAGCUUACAUCCAGAGGGGAACUAAUGCCCAUGUUUCAGUAUUGAAGAUCAGUAGAAGCCAACUAGGUGGAAUAGCGAGUGGAAAUGCUUCAAGAGGGAUUGGUGGAACAACCCUAUCAGGAGAGGAUGACGCAUCAAAUAUGAUACUUGUUUGUAGCCUUCCUGCUAUCUCUGCAGAGAGAAGAAGAUACUUGACGCGUUCCAAGAGGGAUUUACAGGCAAGAUGCUAGUUAGGACCACCUAAAUAUAUGUAUAGAUGUGCAUAGUGGGUUGAUAAUGAACAGCUUACUAGUUGAAAACUCAAAAACUUCGUUGAAAUGUUGUCAAUUUUUUGUUAGUUUCUUGCAUUUGGUUUCCAAGGAUCAAUCAGAAUAUAUUUCAGAUAAAUAC